GAAUAGCAUGUUUGGAGAGCUACUUCAAUUGGAUUAACAAGUAUUUAUCAGGUAAAAGGAACUCUCUUUAUGUGGUUUUUGGGUGGCUAGUGGCUGGUGCUUGUCCGUGCUUGCAAGUUACAAUUGAGUCCACUCUAUCAGAUGUCGUCAUCUUCAGUAAGUUGCUUCUGCUAAGUGAGUGAAUUUGUUCAAUGUUGUUCAAUAAAGCUGCGAUGUUGCCAGAUGGAGAUUUACAUUCCAAUUCAACCCUUUCUUCCUUCUCAACAUUCUCAACACUAUUAACGUACCAUCUCCCCCAUACUCUUCUAAAGUUUUCAAAUACCAUACUACCAUUGCAACGUUUAAUCUAACAUAAUCAUCAUGUCUCUCGCACGCCAUGUCGACCCGGAUCAGAUCAUCCAAAAUCUACAGAAUAUGCAUAUGAAAGAAGCGGGCCAAAAGCAUGUACAUACCAAUGGUGGAACCUCUCAUAUUACUCCAUACUCGACUCGAUAUGCUUCCAAACAAGAAAUUUCUAAGUUUGAAAUACCAAAAGAUGGUGCCCCAGCAGAUGCUGUUCACCAAAUGUUGAAGGAUGAAUUAGAUCUCGAUGGCCGACCUAAUUUAAAUUUGGCAAGUUUUGUGGGUACAUACAUGGAAACUCAUGCCGAACAAUUAAUGUUCGAGAAUAUUUCAAAGAAUAUGUCCGAUGCAGACGAAUAUCCAGCAAUGAUGCAAAUGCAUACCCGAUGUGUUUCUAUCAUCGCUAAUCUUUGGGGAGCACAAAAGGGAGAGAAAGCUAUUGGAUCUGCAACAACUGGUUCUUCAGAAGCUAUCCACCUUGGUGGUUUAGCUAUGAAGAGACGUUGGCAAGAAAAGCGUGAGGCUGAAGGAAAAGAUAAAUCCAAGCCAAAUAUCAUCAUGGGAUCGAAUGCUCAAGUAGCUCUUGAGAAAUUCGCCAGAUACUUUGAGGUCGAGGCUAGAAUUCUUCCUGUUUCUGAAAAGUCAAACUUCAGACUUGAUCCGGAAUUGGUCAAGGAUAAUAUUGAUGAGAAUACCAUUGGUAUUUUUGUUAUUCUAGGAAGUACAUACACCGGUCAUUAUGAACCGGUUGAAGAAAUUUCCAAAAUUUUAGAUGAUUAUGAAGCCAAGACUGGAGUCGAUAUCCCAAUUCAUGUCGACGCUGCAUCCGGAGGCUUUGUAGCUCCAUUCACCCAUGCUCAAGCUGGUGGUCCAAAGUGGAACUUUGAGCUCCCACGAGUCAAAUCCAUCAACACAUCCGGUCACAAAUUCGGUCUCGUGUACGCAGGUGUAGGCUGGAUCAUCUGGCGCGAUGAGUCUUACCUUCCCAAACAUCUUGUCUUCGAACUCCAUUAUCUAGGUGGAACAGAAGAAUCCUACACUCUUAACUUUUCUCGACCAGGUGCUCAAGUUAUCGCUCAGUACUAUAACCUCAUUCAUCUCGGUUUCAAUGGGUAUCGUCAAAUCAUGGAAAACUGCAUGAGCAACGCCCGUCUUCUUUCAAAAUCUCUCGAAAGCACUGGAUGGUAUACAUGCGUCUCCGACAUUCAUCGCAAGAAAGGCGAACACACAUUCCAAGGCCUAAGUGCCCCAGUCUUCAGCAAAGAAGACGAAACCUCCGCUGAUUACAACGCCGGUCUCCCCGUCGUCGCUUUCCGUUUCUCAGACGAAUUUAAGAAAGAAUUUCCACAUAUCGAACAAGAAACCAUCUCAAAUCUCCUCCGCGCUAAGCAAUAUAUUAUCCCUAACUAUCCCCUUCCUCCCAACGAAGAAAAGACUGAGAUUCUCAGAGUGGUGGUUAGAGAGAGUAUGAGCUUUGAUCUGUUGGAUAGAUUGAUCUCGGAUAUUUGUUCCACGACACAAAACUUAAUUGAUAAUGAUACGCAGGAUCUGAGCAUUUUGAGUAAACAGUUAACUAAGGGACACGGAAGCGCGGAGAAGACUCAUGGAAGUGUGGGACACAAGCAUGGAAAGGGACAAGGAAAGGGUGGAAACAGACCAAUGAGUCAUGGAGUACAUAGAGCGGUUUGCUAGAUGCAGGUUUAUGAUUUAUGAGUUUAGAAAUAAUAAUGCAAUUAUACAUGAAGAAAAGCGCAUGGUAUUGAUUUUGAGAGUGGUGUAAUUAAUGGGAAAUACA